AUUACACUUUGUUGCAUAUUCUUUGCUUUUUUUGAUUGCAUGAUCCGUGGAAAUAGUCGAGAUAAUUUUGAUCAGUUUUUCAUGCAAUUCAUACGUUCCUUUUAUAUUUUGGUUGUAUAUUUUUACAUGAUCAGUGAAAUUUGAGCUGUGAUAGUGUUUGUGUACUUUAGGUCUUGAAAUGCAACCGAUAUUUUGCUAAGAAAUGGUGAUCAAGCUUGCGUUAUGAUGUUACUGAUCAUUUAUGUGAAGGAGAAAGUGAAUUUAAAAAAAUUAAAUAUCACUUAGUAAAUCCUGUCAGCUAAUGGGCACUGUACAGUAUAUGUAAAUUUCUAAUAGAGAUUUUCAAUUUCUACUGCUUGGAGUUUGUGUUGGAGAAAACAGAGUUUGAUACUGUGAUACCAAUAAAAAAUUUACAAUAAGAUUAAUGGUAUUAUCAGGGAAACCAUGGAUGCCACUAUGUGCCAGUGCCAGCAAGUCUUUACUACUUCUAAAUGAUUUGGUUUUCUGUAAUUUUAGUUCAAAACGCUCGUUCAUGAAAUCUUGAAUAGUGAAAUCCUCCACCUUUGGUUUGAGUUUUCAUUUCAUGCCAUCUAUGGAAGCACCGAAGCAGUGAAUCUGUCAGUUAUAAUUCAAUGAAUCUUGUCAAUUCAAUUGCAAAUGCUUUUCUAAUGUUAUUACUUCAGAAAUAGGUUUUGUCACCUGCCUUUGACACAUGGGGUGGGAAAGCAUCUACAGGAGACGCCUUAAAGUUUUUGCUUUAGCUAUUUUUAUCUACCUGGAUUACAAGGCAUUACAGAAGAGAGAAAAGUGGACAAGCAAGUUGAAGAUAGCUGCUCUAUGGCAAAAAGCUCAUGAGCGGAAUGCAAAACGUGUCCUCAAUUUGAUGAUAGAGUUAGAAGGUCUAUGGGUGAAAUUUGGACAAUACCUAUCCACUCGCGCCGAUGUGCUUCCAGAAGCCUAUAUAUACCAGUUAAAACAGUUACAGGACUCUCUUCCUCCCCGCCCUUUAGAAGAGGUUUGCGAAACUAUACAGAAUGAGUUGGGAAAAUCCAUGGAUGAUCUAUUCAUAAAUUUUGAUAGAGUUCCUCUGGCAACAGCUUCGAUAGCGCAAGUUCAUCGUGCAACUUUGAGUGAUGGACAGGAAGUUGUUGUCAAGGUUCAGCAUGAUGGUGUAAACAAAAUAAUAUUGGAGGAUCUGAAGAAUGCGAAGUCAAUAGUUGAUUGGAUAGCAUGGGCAGAACCACAGUAUAACUUCAAUCCUAUGAUAGAUGAGUGGUGCAAAGAAGCACCAAAGGAACUAGACUUUAAUCAUGAGGCAGAAAAUACUCGCAAGGUCUCAAGGAACCUAGGCUGCAGAAAGAGAUCUAAUCAUGAUGAGCCUUCUAAUCUUGUUGAUGUAUUAAUUCCUGAAGUUAUUCAGUCAACUGAAAAGGUUCUCAUACUAGAGUACAUGGAUGGUGUUCGUUUAAAUGAUUCUGAAGCACUCCAGGCUUUGGGUGUUGAUAAACAAAAACUCGUUGAAGGAAUUACACGUGCAUAUGCACACCAAAUUUAUGUGGACGGCUUCUUCAAUGGUGACCCACAUCCUGGUAAUUUUCUUGUAAGCAAGGAACAUCCACAUCGUCCAAUUUUGCUUGAUUUUGGGCUCACAAAGUUGCUGUCAAACUCUACAAAACAAGCUCUUGCAAAAAUGUUUUUGGCUUCAGCUGAGGGCGAUCAUGUGGCCCUGCUGUCUGCCUUCGCAGAAAUGGGACUUAAGUUCCGCCUUGACAUUCCAGAGCAGGCUAUGGAGAUAACAACUGUUUUCUUUCGCUCUUCAACACCUGCAGCUGAAGCUGUUGAAAACAUGAAAUCAUUGACUGAGCAAAGGGAAAAAAAUAUCAAGGUCAUACAAGAAAAGAUGAAAUUAAACCAAAAAGAAGUGAAACGUUUUAAUCCGGUUGAUGCAUUUCCUGGUGAUAUAGUGAUAUUUGGCAGGGUCCUUAAUCUGCUUCGGGGACUUUCGGCAACAAUGAAUGUCCGUAUAGUUUAUAUUGACAUCAUGAGACCAUUUGCUGAAUCUGUAUUGAAAUGCAACUUAAAUAAAGGGCCAAUGGUCAAUUCUCAGUGGAUUUAUAAUACCCCUAUCCAUUCUGAUGUUGAGGCUAAACUGAGGCAGCUCUUAGUCGAGCUUGGAACUGCUGACAAAGUACUUGGGAUUCAGGUUUGUGCCUACAAAGAUGGAAAUGUGAUCAUCGAUACUGCUGCUGGCAUGCUUGGAAGAUAUGAUCCAAGGCCAGUUCAACCUGAUAGCUUAUUUUCUGUAUUUUCAGUAACAAAGGGAAUCACAGCAGGAAUGCUACAUUGGCUGGUUGAUAAAGGAAAACUAAGGCUUGAUGAGAAUGUUGCAAACAUUUGGCCGGAAUUUGGAUCAAAUGGGAAAGAUCAAAUAAAGGUUCACCAUGUGCUUAACCAUACAUCUGGUCUGCAUAAUGCCCUUGCUGACCUGAGUCGAGAAAACCCGUUAUUAAUGUGUGAUUGGGAUGAAUGUUUGAACCGCAUUGCCAUGACUACCCCGGAGACUGAGCCUAGUCACAAGCAACUAUACCAUUAUUUGUCUUUUGGCUGGUUAUGUGGUGGCAUAAUCGAGCGUGCAUCUGGAAAAAAAUUUCAAGACUUUCUUGAAGAAGCAUUUAUCCAUCCUCUUAAGAUUGAAGGGGAGCUGUAUGUUGGAAUUCCUCCAGGUGUUGAAUCUCGAGUUGCAUCACUUACGGUAGAUAUGGAUGAUCUCACCCAGCUUUCAGCAAUGAGCACCCGUUCCGACCUGCCCUCGAGUUUCCAGCCACAGAACAUUGCCCAGUCUGCAGUUACCCUUCCUAUCAUGUUUAAUGCACUCAAUACUCGACGUGCCAUUAUACCUGCUGCCAAUGGACAUUGCUCAGCUCGUGCACUUGCUCGCUACUAUGCAGCACUUGUUGAUGGUGGUAAGAUUCCCCCACCAUCGUCUUCUUCCAUGCCACCACUGGGAAGCCACCGACACAUUCCUAAAUUCCCUUCUCCGAAGACCCCCAAAAAGAAACUAUUAGCUAGAUGGAGGAAGGCUAAUUCAGAAAGUAAUGAUAGCUCUGAUAGUGAUGAUGAUGGUUCUAGCAGAAAUGCUAGUAGUAACGAGUACAUAUUGGUUGUCAAUGAUGACACUUCAACUGACAGCCACGAUGCCAAACUUUUCAAUAACCCAAAAAUCCACGAAGCUUUCUUGGGCGUUGGAGAGUAUGAGAAGCUGGCCUAUCCAGAUGGGCAGUUUGGGCUCGGUUUCAAAAGGAUACACUCAAAGGACUCCGGCCUUAUAGGCUUUGGUCAUUCCGGCAUGGGUGGAUCCACAGGCUUUUGCGACAUGAAGAAUAGGUUUGCUAUUGCAAUAACACUAAACAAGUUGUCGUUUGGGGGCGUGACUGCAAAAAUAAUUCAGCUGGUUUGCUCGGAACUUAAUAUACCAGUGCCAGAGGAGAUCUCCAUGAAAUUGGAUAGUGAAUCUAGUAAUUUAGCUCAGCCCAUUAUAAACUGAUAUUAAGCUCCCAUCUCAUUUUUGUUAGUCAGAUACCAACAGUAUUAAUAUUUAUUACUUAGUUGUAGUAAUAUAGCUAAAUCUCAAAUACUGGCAACGAUUUUGAGGUGUAAAAUGGUAUUUACAUAUGAAGGUUCUUAUAUUCACAAAGUGGGGUUUAUUCCGGACAUACCCUCAUCAGGUAGUGGUCACGGGUUUACCUUGUCACAAAAAAAAAUAUGGUACUCUGUAUUUACAUAUGAAGUGUCUAAUGUUCGUACAUUCAUCACACUUUUACCACUCCAGUGGUUAAAUAUUAUACCAGAACCAGAUAUACUAUUGUCUUGUAGAAUAUUGUAUUAUUGAUGAAUUCUUCUAUCGACUGUAAUAAGUAGUGAUCGCAGUUGUGAUGAACAUACUAUUGUCUUGUAGAAUAUUGUAUUAUUGAUGAAUUCUUCUAUCGACUGUAAUAAGUAGUGAUCGCAGUUGUGAUGAACA